AUGCCAAAAUCCAUCAGCCCAUUUGCUCGCCGCAAGAGCUCCCCCUCGCCUUUCUCCAGCCUGCCGCGCAAGAAGCCAGGCUCGAGGAAGUCCAGUCUCGCAGACAAGGAGAAUGCAACGGACCGACUGGACGAUGUAGGCGGUAUACCUUCUCUGUCACCCUCCGGAGUAAGGCAAGGCGUGAUCAGCUUGGCCAGAUCUGCGCUUGAGGAUGCCUGGGAUGACGUUCCCGCGGUGGCAGGUAUGAAUAGCGAACGUAUCAGCGACAUCCUGCGUUUCCGGAAAGCCAUGCCACCAAUUGUGAGCACGGCGCACCUCCAUGCGCUGAGUGUGAGCUCGACGGAGACGGAACGGGAGCUGGCGCGGUUGGUCGCAGAAGGCAAGGUGAGAAGGGUGGUGAUUCCCGGGAGAGGCAAGGGUGGCACUGCUGUAGGCGACGGUAUUGCGUUGACGGAGGACUGGAAGAGUGCCUUAGACGACUCAGGCCUACCGCCUGACCUCAAGCAAAAGUAUGCACUAUUACUGGACGCUCGGCCAGACUCUGCAACGACCUCCACCACAUCUCUAUCACAAACCGAAAUCCAACAACUCGUCUCAGCCGGCUUCCUUACCAACCCAGCCGCCCUCACGAGUGCAAGCAACCUCUUCGCACCCCCCGGCGCCUCCUCACUCAUCCCACUCUCCCAAGCCGGCCACACCGCACCCACAGGCUCCAUAGCAGCAAUAGGCGGCCAAAACGCCAUCCACGAAUCCGGCGGCGGAGGCUCCUCCCUAGCCACCCAACCCACUCGUAACCGUCUCACACCAGAAAUGGCCUUCAGUCUCCCAUCAACAGGCGCCUACCUCAAACUCCUCACCGAAGCCCGCCAGCACUUACUCAACCUGCUGAAGCAACUCAGUCCUCGCUAUAAAGAGGCUACGCGGGACUUGCUCAAGGAGAAAUGGGAGGGCAAUGUGCUGGGUGAUGCGGCGAGUAGGGCUAAGCGGGCUAGAGGGGAGUGGAGUGGGGUGUUGCCGGGAAAGACGAAGAAGUGGCGCGAGUUUUAUGGGUUGAGGUUUGAAUGGGUGCUUGCGGAGUGUGUGGGGAGCGGGUUGGUGGAGUUGUUCGAUACGGGGAGUGUGGGGGUUGGGGUGAGAGCUCGCUGA